AUGCAAGGAAUAUGUCGUCUGUCCAGAAGAUGGCACCAACAAUUCUGCCACUCACCCGCAUUCGGGCCACAUCAGAAAUGCCUGCAAUCAUUUAUACCAAGUCGUCAAAUUCGACAAGCUCGUAGAUUGCCGCCGCAGCGUAGCAACCGAUCACGACUCGUUGCACCUUCGGCGGGAGGUUAUCUGGAGUCUGACGACACAAGUCUACUCUCUCCGACUCAAUUGUUCACCAAAGAUCGCGAUGAUCUCGUCGUUCGAGAAUUUGAGCAGCUUGGAUCGGAUAAAUCCACACAGAAACGCAUCGAUGCAACUGACGGGGUCGGAGACGAAGCUGAAGAGAUAUGGAACGAAUUACAGGAUGUGGAGAGACAACUUGAGAUCGCGCAACAAGGGCCAUUCGGUCCACAAAGUCCCUUCAUGAUGCAAUUGGAUCCAGAGGACAGGGAACGCUUCAAGAAGGUGCUCGAGGAAGAAGGCUACAAACCAGACGACGAGGAAGAUGCAUUAGACUUAGCAGAGAUCGAUCGGAUGUUGGAGGAAGAUGAUGCAGAAGCGAACGAGUCGGAAGGACUGGCAGUUACCCUCCAUAUCCCCCGAGCCCAUCAGAGUCUGGUAAAUCACUUCAACACAGCCUUGAAAGAAGCAAACGAGAAUGGAGAUGACGUUCAUAAGAGUCUAAGUCUGUGGAAGUGGUAUCUUCGCUGCCAACAGAAAGUUCCUGGCUUCUCUCGUAUCAUAUCUGAAAGUGUCUGGGACUUUCUGUGGAAAUCUCAAAGAGCGAUAGAAGCACGACCUCAACACCUCGUGUUACUUGGUCGAGACAUGCUUGCAGCUGGAGAGUCACUGCCACUCGAGCGUAAGCUCCAAUAUCUGGAAGCACUGCAAGCGUGUGAACAAACUGCAGAGGCUAUUACUACUUGGGAGGCCAUGCAUGAAGAGCUGAACUCAAACUGUUCGAUAGACUUUCUGACCAGAUUCUACACCACGGGUAUACGCUUACACGCUGUUGUUCACCGACCACAGAGAGCCUGGAAUGUUGCUACGAAAGCGCUGCGUAAAGGUGUGAAACCUGGGAUUCUGACGGAGGUUGUAUCCGCUUGGGCUCAAAGCAAGACAUCUGAUUCCGCGACAAAAGCAUGGGUGGUAUAUCUCAAGAUGCGGUAUUUGCUCGAGGACAAGAUGGACGCGCAGCUAUAUGACGAAGUUAGCAAUUCCCUGCUUGACACGAAACAUAGUUCAAUGGCUGCGAGUGUCUUCAAGGAUAUGAUCAUGCACCAUCGUGGUCUUGGGAAGAACACCUUGCGCCACUACCAGCGUGCAGUUGGUCAGAUACCUAAGGACAGUGAUCCUGCCGAUUUUGAAAAAGCGGUCAACCAGGUUUCGCUGAACGUGCUCCUGUUCCUGCCAAAGGAAUUUCAGAAUAAGUUCUUCUUUGCUUCUUGGAUCAAAAGAUUACUUGGGCAAGAACGAAUAGAGGCUGCGGCAGAAGUAGUAGAUCUCAUGUACGAACGGAAAAUCAAGCCAGAUGCUCUUCACCUUAAUGGUAUUAUCGGAGCAUGGCUUCGAGAUGGCAGCCCUCGGUCAGUUGAAAGAGCAGAAAGACUGGCACGAGAAAUGAUUCAGGUAAGAAUCAACCAAGCCACUACGCACACGGAAAACAUGACCUUGUCACAAUCCGGGUCACUGAUUCGCAAGACCACGGCUCAACACGGACAAGAUACAUGGAAGAGACCCAACAAUCUGUCACGUCCCGUCCCGGCGGCCAAUCUAGAGACAUUUUCACUUCUGUUCAACUUCUACGAGGAAGGACGACAAUGGCAGAACUUCCAACAAUUGAGGGAGACCAUGACAGGGCCUGCUCAGCUCAAGCCCAAUACUUUCAUUGUCAACAGGUGGCUUGCAGCUGAGCUUCAUACUCGUGCGUACGACAGGUUCUGGAAGCUCUACAAGUCACUCCAAGGGGUAUUGUCACCGAACGUGGAGACUUUUCAGUUAGCAUGGCAAACGAGUGCUACACAAAUGCAGGCGUUCAAGCCCAAGCCACAACGUCUAAGCUCUUCAUGGGGUGACGAGUCUAGCCACAAGGCGAUUUUUGCUAGCAUGAUGGACUGGGCGCAACGCCUCAAUGCUCGAAAAACGCAGGCAGCGAAAUUUGACUUCGUUGGCAGCCAGUUCUACUUUGAGAUUGUCCGGUCAUUCUGUCACCAGCUAGACCUUGCAGCAGUCGUAUGCGCACUGCAAGGCUUGUAUCGAACCUUUGGUGCGACACCAGACGACGCUUCGGUACAGCUCAUCACCGGACAAGUUGCUCGUAUCUUGCCAAGGACCGCUGCAAGUUCUACAGGACUCGGCCGCAGAAGACGGCUGGCUGGCCACAGUACUCCAGAGCAGAAUACUCUAAAAAGCAUAGCCGAGAUCAUCGAGACAUUGGAGGCCGACAAGAAGCAAGAGACUGCUAAGCAAGCCGGGAUAGAUCUGUCGGAUCUUGAGAACCCCGAGUCCGCGACAUACAAAAAGAUACGGUUGGAUGUGAUGACUGACUUUCUUGUGAUGAGCAUGCACAAGACAAGGGCCGAAGGGGAUGUGAACACGGUCAAGCAGAGAUUAGCUCAAGUGGGCGAGUCGAUGCACGUAGACGUGGACCACGUGAACGACAUUCAUUCGCCAAACUUGAGCCAUUCACCGAAAGAGUAA